GGUGUUCCAGAAGCCGCCGACUCUAUUACCAUCACGACACCAGACAACGGCCCAGACUCCCCAGACCUCUCUCUGCUCGCGAAAAAUGGCGGCGGCGGCGGAAGGGCUGGCUGCCUACCGGGCGGUGCUGCGGGCGGCGCGGCGGACUUUUGCGGGCGACCAGCUGAUGCUGCAGGAGUCGGCGGUGGAGAUCCGGCGCCGCUUCGAGGACCACCGCGGCCUUGCCCCGGGCUCCGACGAGGCGGCGCGCGCCCUCGCCGACGCCCGUGAGGCCGCGCACUUCAUCACCCACAUGAUAGUUCAGGCCACACGCGCGCCCUCCGGAUCAUUCGUUGUGAAGCCUGAGAGCGUACAUGCUGGAGCUACACUGGAGGUUCCUUCCGAGGAGAUCCUGUCAAAGUUAAAAUAGGGGAACGCGCUAGACUGUACAAGCAUUAUUGCACAAACUUGCCCAUCUUCAGGCUUCUAGAGAUAAUAAAAACAGUUUUGCAUCGGCUGCUUAUAGAUUGUUGUAUUACUGUUGGACUGAAUAGCUUCACACCUUUUCCUUUUACAUUUCUGUCGAGAGCAUCAUACCGCGCUGAGGUAUGGUGCUGUUGAUGUAAGCUAGUCAUCUGAACUUGAAAACAAGUAAACAACCCUUUGAGAUUGAUUUUGAAAACUGUC